GUAACGAGAGGGGGAGGGAAAGAGGGAGGACAUCGUUUCCUCUCCAGCACACACGCCGCAGGAAUAGACAGAACUGAUUGGGAGAAAGGGAGAAGAGGGGAGACAGAAGAAAGGAAAUUGUGAAGCAAAAAAUACGACAGAGUUCUUUGUUUUAAGUAAUCAAUUGAACGACCGAAGAGAGGAUUAAACUAAAACUGACUCCUGGUCGAAUAUUCUACGACAGCUAUGCUUACUGGGCAAAGGUGUCGUUUAUAAGCUAAUCACUAGGAUUAGGAGGACAUGUUUUAGGGAAUAGCCCUUCCGUUAAGGUAGGAUAUGGUCCUUGUUUUAAAUAUAUAACAUAGCCUUCACGCAAAUGCUGGACCGUUUGCGCAGAGGAAUCGUGACUGAAUAUUCCAGCAUUUACUGAAAUCGCUAACUUCGAGUAGCGUUUGGCUGUUUCAUUGUUAAACUGCUCUGGCAACAGCGACCUGAUAAAAUAAUUUAUUUGUGGGUUUGUAACGUUAUCUGUAAAGGAUUCAUAUUCGCGUUGAGGCCUGUAACGAUGAACUUGUAUCCAGCCUAAAGUAACAUCUUCUGUGAUACAUUUCACUUAAAUUAGGCCUAAUAAACGCGUUUCAUUUCUCAGCUGAAAUAGCGUAUGUUUCCAAAACUACUGUAUUUUGUUAUUACCACUUUGAUAAGGUUUACUGUAAAUCAACUGCGUCCAGAGAAAGAUUACUAUUAUGACCUUAACUGUCUUUGCUGUUGUUAACAAAGCAGGUCUAUUUAGGGAUAAAAGCAAGUGAUAGGCUAGCCUACAUCGCUAACCUUAGUGGAGAGUCUUGGAAAGAAGGAUUGGGGGGUUAAUAAGCCAAUUUUAGACCGCAAACAUACAAACUGCAGCUGUAUCAAUGUUAAUGUCGACCGACGUUGCAUCAAUCAUGUUGCCUAUGUCCCGGCCACUGCUGGACCGGGAUAGGGACUUGGACGCGAUGGCGGGAGUGCACGCCAGCUCGACCGGUGGUUCAUCGACCGUCAGGGGAAUGAAACGAGGGGAUCCAGAACCAGACGCCCAAACGGCGGCCGCUCUCACAGAGUCAUCGGGGGCAGAGUGCAAGCGUCCACGAAUCGACGGGUCUGGUGGAGUCGGAGAGCUUGGCCAGAACAACGACCCCCUGACGAUGGGUUACCAUGGAUACCCACCUCCUAGUCAGGUAGGAGGACCGUUUCAUUGGUAUCUCUCUCUGAAGCUCCUCUGUUGUGAGGCCCUUCAGUCAGAUGGGUCUCCUCAGACUGACGGUCACUGUGGCUCAGUGUCGGGGUCUGGGGUCAGCUGCGCUGAGGACCACUCGGAUAAGGCGACCCCGAAGCGCUUGCAUGUCUCCAACAUUCCCUUCCGCUUCCGGGACCCGGACCUACGGCAGAUGUUCGGGCAAUUUGGGAAAAUCCUUGAUGUAGAGAUUAUUUUCAAUGAGAGAGGAUCGAAGGGCUUCGGCUUUGUGACGUUCGAGACCAGCGGCGACGCAGAGAGAGCCCGUGAGAAGCUGCACGGCACCAUCGUGGAGGGACGCAAGAUCGAGGUGAACAAUGCCACUGCCCGUGUGAUGACCAACAAGAAGCUGGUCAGCCCCUAUGCCAACGGAGAAGCUCUCACAACUCUCCCUUACGCAGGCUGGAAGCUGAGUCCCGUGGUGGGGGGCAUGUACGCGCCCGAGCUUUACGCCGGCGAGACUCUGGUUCCAGGGUUCCCGUAUCCUACGGCGGCGGCGGCCGCAGCAGCAGCAACAACGGCCGCCUCCUUUAGGGGCGCCCACAUCCGUGGACGGGGCAGGCCGGUCUACAGCGCGGUGCGGGCAGCCGUACCCCAGCCUGCCAUCCAAGCAUACCCAGGCGUGGUGUAUCAGGAUGGCUUUUACGGGGCUGCAGACCUCUAUGGUGGCUACGCAGCGUAUCGAUACGCUCAGCCGGCGGCCGCCGUAGCCGCUGGGCCCACAGCUGCUGCAGCAGCUGCUGCUGCUUACAGUGAUGGCUACGGGCGGGUGUACACUGCUGACCCCUACCAUGCGGCCCUCACCCCGGCCGCCGCCGCGGCGUACGGAGUCGGAGCAAUGGCUACAUUGUACAGAGGUGGAUACAGUCGAUUUUCUCCAUAUUGAUAAUGCCUUUCCUGGAACAUGUCCCCCUCCCCCUCCUAUUUGGAUACUCUUUAACUGAUUUGAAAGAGCUCCCCCUGCAACUGUGGAGUGCAAUUGCAUCUCUCUCUGUGGUCUUGGUAGGAUUCAUACUAUAUCAGAUGCACAUACUCUUGGUACAACAGUAUAUAUUCAGUAAGGAAAGCAGUCGUGUGAACACAAUGCAAGUUUAUUUCCAUAUUGAAAACAGUUAACCACCAAUUUAAUUUGAACAAAAAAAAAGAAAUAAGAAGAAAAAAAAACAUGGCUGUCUUGAUAAAUGCACGGCUCCAAGCUCAGAACAAUUAUCCCUUUGUAUGACUCGUAUCUCUGCACCAACGCAUGCAGUUAUGGCCUCAAAUUCUUCCAGUUUUCCAAUGAACUGUGUUUUUGCACACAAAACAUAAAAAAAUGGACUUUCACCAUUGGCGAAACCCUGUGCGGAAGGGUCAAGGACUGAGACGGGCGGUCGGCCUUGUGUCGCGUGUCCGUCGCCACGACACCACUUCCAACUCACAGGCCACCUGGGCUUCCAUGGACAGCGAGGGGGAGGGACAAGGAGAGGGUGAGAGGGGCACAGUGUCGAUCAGCUGGGCAUGUCGGGGAGGCGCGAGCACAAAAAAUGACGACACUAAAAAAGAUGCCACAGUGAACCGUUGGAGGACUUGAAAACCCUUUGAUUUCAUUUUGGCGCCAGAGGGCGACGGCUCGCUCACAGUUUGUUACAGGCCUCGAGGAAAUGUCGCAUAGAGUGCUAGAAGUUUUCUUUGUUCACAUGUACACUCUUUGAGUUACUUCGAGUUGCUAUAAAACGAAUUAUGUUGUACAUUUACCUCAAAUUUUGUGGUCUCUUGAAAUGCAAACCUUUAAAACCGAAUAGAUAUCAUAUGCAAAGACACUAGAUUAGAGAAAAAUAGUGUUAUUAUAAUUAUUAUUAUUAUUAUCAUUAUUAUUAUUAUGGGUCUAAUUAUUCUUAUCGUUACCCCUUUUAAAGAUGAAAUUAAUCUAGUUACAUAGAUAAAAUUUUCUUUAAAAUAAUUUAAUGGAGAGGAUGGUGAGCUCCCUGUGUUGAGGAAGAGAGAAGCCUUGUAAGCCAUAACUGUAUUUCUCCCUGCUUGUACAGUUAUGUUUUCUUGUUGUUAAUCAGGUUAUCCCUCUAGAAAAUUUAGCCUGUUUUUUGAGAAUGCACAGUUAUUAAAUUAUGCAGUUUUACAUAAAACUAUUUUUUCUUAGCCAGAAUGCAUUACCUUGAGCAUUCUUCCCUCCCCAAUUUUAACAGUAGUUUAGACAAUUAUGUAUGCAAGUAGCUGCCAACAUUAAUUGAGAGAAAGUAACUAUGAUAUCCUAUUUAAAAUAUGAAAAGAAAAUGAUUCAUUGUUUUUAUAUCUAUAUCCUGAAUGUUGAAUGCUUUUGUUUUGUUUUGAUUUUGGUUCCAAAGAUUUGUCAAAAGCACAUUUGCAGUCCGUUGUCUUCAGUAUAAAGCAGCCUUGGUAUUGUUGGUAUUAAGAUCCUCCGUUUCCUACCCGCUUGUUUUCUUAAUGCAUCAGUAGAAUGGACAAAUCAUCCAAACGCUUGCACUCCUAUUCUCCUCUGUUCUCUCUCUCUCUCUCUCUCUCUCUCUCUCUCUCUCUCUCUCUCUCUCUCUCUCUCUCUCUCUCUCUCUCUCUCUCUCUCUCUCUGUGUUAUCUUCUGUGCAGAUGGGGUUCUUAUUUUGUAAUGCCAUCCUUCUUGAAAGGCCUUGUGUUUUGGCCCGGGUCCAGUUAGGAGGAGUGAAGCAGAUAAUCUGAGGGGGUUUCUAAUGGUGGCGAUCCCGUAGUGGUGGUGUCCAGUGGACUGAUGCACCUGCUGGUAGUUCUGCUGUUAUCACUAAAGUAGGACCUUUUGUGAUUUAUUGAAUUGAGCCAUAUUUCAAUACCUUUCCAAGAGAGUCAAGAGUGUUUUGGUUUUGCUAGCAAAUAAAUGAACAAUACUUUUAUAUAAUCAAGGUUUACAGUAGACAUAGGCCUCUGAAGUGAGAUAUGAUGACCAGGGGCUUUGUUAAAGUCCAUUUUUCAAAGUCCAACUUUGAAAAAGGACUCCAUUCAUUUCAUCAUAGGAGACUAGGUGUAGAGGAAAAAUGUAAAAAAUCAAUUUGUAACUUAUGGGGUUAGAUAGUUUAUUCCUCUGACGAAACUGUCAACCGGAGUAUUUUAUAGAGGUCCAUUUAAAUAUGAUAGACAAUAAUUUGAUUGCUACACAAUGUUUUUGUUUUUCUGCUUAAUGGUUUGAUGUUUUCCUGAGUUGGGCACUUAGCCACCUGUACUCUUUUUGUCAGUGUUAAAAGGAAAACAAUGACAAUGUGUCAGUUACUUUUAGGAUCCCCAUAUACUGGUAUUUUAAGAUGGACCAGUUCCAUUUUGUUGUAGGAUUUAAAAAGCUAGCCCACUCCUUCAAGCCAAUGUGUUAACACAUUAUCAGUGAUGGUACUAUGGCAAUUUGUACAAGUUAAUUCCGUCUUUAACUAAAUGGCUGCUGCAGUUGGUUGGCUUGCAAUGGUGUGGAAGAUUCCGUUAUUCUUAUAUAUCCUCAUUCUGCACCUUACUGUAAUGUUUAGCCAUUGGUUGAAAAUGCAUGUGGCUGUUUUUUCUUUCUUUCUUUCUUUUUAAAUAUCUAUUAUUUUUUAAUUUGAAUUCCUCUGUCAACUCCAAUACCAUUUGUGUUGUUCUUUGUAACUGAAUGUCCACAUAAACAGUUUUUAUAUAGAGA